UGUCACCGGAGCUAAACCAGAAUCAAAGUCGGUACCCUUAAAAUCUCCGACGUGCGUCCCUCCAUUUUCUUGAAUCUCUAAGCACCAUUUCUCGAUCCAAAAUGUUUUUAUUUUGAAGGUUUCCAUUUCUCGAUUGGAUUUGGGGGAAGCUGUUUUUUUUAAUCGGAGUCAAUGGCUGCUUCUCGAUUAUGUUCCGCGGCGGCGAUAGCUGCCGCUUUCACUUCAAUGUCGAUGUCGCAGAACCGCGCAUACGCUGACUCGCGCUUUCGCUUUCCCUUUUACUCUUCUUCCCCGCCGUCUGAAUCUCCAACCGACCAGUCUUCAUCGGAUUCUAAACCGGAGACCAAACCGGAGCCCGAUGAGCCUAAAGGAUCUGGUUUCGAUCCUGAGUCCUUGGAAAGAGGCGCUAAAGCUCUUCGAGAAAUCAACAACUCUCCUCAUUCCAAACAGGUGUUUGAUCUUAUGAGAAAGCAAGAGAAAACUCGAUUAGCUGAAUUAGCGGCUGAGAAAUUGCAGAAUGAAGCUAUUCAAGCACAGAAAGACAUCGAAAGACAGCGGAAACUGGCGGAGGAUCAGAGAAAUCUAUUGCAGCAGCAGGCACAAGCAAAAGCGCAAAAUCUUCGAUAUGAAGAUGAGUUGGCGAGGAAGCGACAGCAGACAGAUCAUGAAGCUCAGAGACGUCAUAAUGCUGAGUUGGUUAAGAUGCAAGAGGAGUCUUCUAUCCGGAAAGAGAAAGCAAGAAUCGCCACGGAAGAAGAGAUUCAAGCACAGCAGCGCCAGACUGAGAAAGAGAGAGCUGAACUUGAGAGAGAAACAAUUCGUGUCAAAGCCAUGGCUGAGGCUGAAGGCCGAGCUCAUGAGGCCAAACUUACCGAGGAGCAGAAUCGAAGAAUGCUUCUCGAUAGGAUAAAUGGUGAAAAGGAGAAAUGGCUUGCAGCAAUCAAUACAACCUUCAGUCACAUUGAAGGCGGAGUCAGGGCCCUAUUAACUGACCGAAAUAAGCUGAUUAUGACUGUUGGAGGAGCUACAGCAUUAGCUGCUGGGGUUUACACAACUCGAGAGGGUGCUAGGGUUACCUGGGGUUAUAUUAACCGGAUACUUGGACAGCCAUCACUUAUCCGAGAAUCCUCCAUGGGUAGAUUUCCGUGGGCAGGCUCAGUAUCUCAGUUUAAGAACAAAAUCUCUAGGUUUGGUACAGCUGCAUCUGUAGAAGGAGAAAAGCCUCUUGAUAAUGUAGUUCUCCAUCCUUCUCUGAAGAAGAGAAUCGAGCAUCUUGCAAGAGCCACAGCAAAUACUAAGUCGCAUCAAGCUCCAUUCCGCAACAUGAUGUUUUAUGGGCCUCCAGGUACCGGAAAAACCAUGGUUGCUAGGGAAAUUGCUCGGAAGUCGGGUCUUGAUUAUGCUAUGAUGACAGGAGGAGAUGUUGCUCCUCUGGGUGCACAGGCAGUUACCAAAAUCCAUCAGAUAUUUGAUUGGGCUAAGAAGUCAAACAAAGGCUUACUGCUUUUCAUUGAUGAAGCUGAUGCUUUCUUAUGCGAACGUAACAGCACGUAUAUGAGUGAGGCACAGCGCAGCGCUCUGAACGCUCUAUUGUUUCGAACCGGUGAUCAGUCACGGGACAUAGUUCUGGUCCUGGCCACAAACAGACCCGGUGAUCUCGACAGUGCAGUGACUGACAGGAUCGACGAAGUGAUCGAGUUUCCUCUUCCUGGUGAAGAAGAACGCUUUAAGCUCCUUAAGCUAUACCUGAACAAGUACCUAACUGGUGAAGACAAGAAAGGCGACAAAGACGCAAACCCUAAAUGGAGCCAUUUGUUCAAGAAACAGUCACAGAAGAUAACCGUUGAAGGAGAUCUAACCGACCAAGUGAUCAGAGAGGCUGCAAAAAAGACGGAAGGUUUCUCUGGUCGUGAGAUCGCUAAGCUCGUGGCCGGUGUUCAAGCUGCGGUGUACGGACGACCUGAUUGCGUCUUGGAUUCACAGCUUUUUGAAGAAAUCGUGGAUUAUAAGAUUCAAGAACAUCACCAGAGAGCCAGACUUGCGACUGAAGGCGGGCCAAUCGUUUCCGUAGACACUGUAUGAUUCUAUAAAAAUGAUGAAAUAGCCACAUUGUUUGAGUGACCGGUUUAAAUUUCGGUUAGUUGGAGUUGAAUCUGAUUUUAAA